UUGCACGCGCUGUGUUCUACGCCUACACCUAAUAGCGUUAUCGGAAUGCCUUUCUAAAACGGAACUUGCGGACGCAAGAGACGAGGUGUGCGGCGUGGUGAAAAGCUGCUGGAUCGGUGCCAAACGAUCUCGCGGCGAACUGUUAUUCGUCCCACGCUCGAUCGCUGCUGUGUAUCUCCAGCUGACUGCACCCCGUCUGUGCCUUCAGCUCAGCGAGUCUUGGAGGGGAAAAGGAGAGGAGAGAGCGCGACAAAAGCCGAUAUGCUUUCUUGACUUCUUCGGCACGAUGGAGGCUUCCGAGGACCAACGGCUGAGCAGCGUGCUGCCUCGACUAGUCGUCAGCUGAGCACCUUAGCAACAGCGGCUGAUCUCGACGCAACUUUCGGGCAAGUGCUGGCUAUGGGUGGCGCUGUGAGUGCAGGUGAAGACAAUGACGAGCUUGUGGACCACUUGGUCGAGGCCGACUACAUCCGUAGUCCAGAUGUCGAGAGCGCAUUACGCGCCGUCGACCGUGCGCACUACUACGCCGACGGGUGCAAGGAAAAUGCCUAUAGAGACCUGGCGUGGAAGCAAGGAAAUUUACACUUAUCAGCACCAUGCAUCUAUUCAGAGGUCCUGGAGGCACUACAGUUGCGUCCAGGCAUGACCUUUCUCAACCUGGGUAGCGGCACAGGAUACCUAAGCACCGUGGCUGGUCUGCUGAUCGGUUCCCACGGCGUCAACCACGGCGUGGAGCUGCACGAGGACGUCGUGCAGUAUGCACAACUCAAGGUGUCGCAGUUCUUGCGCUCUAGCCAGGCGCUGGAAGAGUACGACUUCUGCGAGCCGUGCUUUGUUGUGGGCAACUGCCUAUCACUGGAGACGACUGGCCGCCGCUAUGACAGAGUCUACUGCGGGGCCUCUUGUCCCGUUGAGAAAGUGGCCAUUCUCACGGCCCUCCUCAAGGUUGGAGGCGUGCUCGUCAUGCCCUGCAAUGAUCAGCUGGUGCAGGUCAAGCGCACGGCCGAGGACAUCUGGGUGGAAAAGAACAUCCUUCCCGUGUCAUUUGCCAGCCUCGUGCCUCCACAGAAGGGCUGCCCCGAAGUGGUGCUGCCCGACUACCAGCCGGGCAGCCUCCAAGAAUUGAGCCGUGGCGUGAUCCGGUGUCUGCUCCGUGCCCGGCUGGAUCGGGAGAAGCUCCCGAAGCCUCGCCGCCAUCUCGCUCCCCCGCGCCUGCGUAGUAGCAGCAGUAGCAACACAGUGGUGCCCUUCAGAGGCACCGGCAGCAGCACCUCCACCGGGGGUGACUCUGGCAGCAGCAGCGGUGACGAACCGCACCGCAAGCGCUCGGCCGGCGGAGAGACUUCGCUCUUGUGGAAACGCGCUGCUCUCGACGAUGUUUGCCCACAAGCAGUGCAACAGGAUCGACCCCCCUUGCUGUGCCAGAGGAUCCUCGAGCUGCCCUUGCCACCUCGGCUCAAGACGUACCUGAACUUUGGCCGGCAGCUCUGAUUGGCUGCAGGCCUUCGCCGCAGUCAUCCGCAGAGCGCGCAGGGGCGCCGUACACGCACAAUCGCAUGGCGACAGCAGCACGAGUACUUCAAGUCAACAUGACCCAUCUCCUGUUUCUAUUCGCAUGCCGGGGGAGCUAAGUUGUAAGGAGUGCCAAGCACCCGGUCGUCAGUGCUCGACAAACUCAUUCUUCGUGCAACAAUGGCCUCUCCUCCGAGGCCGUUGUUCACGCCGAUCGGUACGCUCCGAAAAGUGGCCUAGCUGUGCAAUGGUUUCAAGUCUGCGAUGAGAAGUCUGCUUUUCUGUGAUGUGUUGAAGACAGAACACACUGUUGUGUUGUGGUCAGUCAGAUUGCCUGCUCACGUACGAAGCACAUGGACAGUGCUUGGUGAGCAUUUUACUGAGGAGUUUUAGCCACUGACAGGCUUUUUUAGAUGAUAUGUACGUUGAAGUCCUCUUACUUUACUGUUACAAAGGUCUGUGAAAGAACACGCAGUUUUGUGAUGAAAAUGUGCGUCGUGGCUUGUUCUGUUUCAUGCUUGGCAUGCCGCUGUCUUGAAGUCGUGCGGCCUUGCCCACAAUGCAGAAUUCACUACGACGAAGAGUGCCGUAUUUUCUUGCAUGCAACGUGCACUAUAAGUUUAAUUCUCGAGUACAAAAGUGGGGUUGCGAGGAGUUCUUUCUGCUUUUGUGUGUACGUGAUCCAGGAACUUGACAGCGGUGCGCUCUGCACUGCUGUAAAGCCUCCCUUCAGCACAUCAACAGAGAGCAGUGGCGGAAGCAGUAAUUCAAAACGACUGUUUCUGGAGCCCUGCGUCGUGCUGAAGGUGUGCUGGGUCACUUUUAUAAUGAUUGCAGCAUUGUUAUACGUGGUUGUCUGCGCAGGCUGCAUACACAUUUGUUUUGUUUCUUCUCUCUCUCUCUCAUAGUUAUAUGUAUGAGCAGAUUAUGCUUGCAAAAAUAAAGCACACAGUUGUAAGAGAACAAAAACGUCAUCUCGUUGGACAAAUUUAACAACGUACAAAUUUGUGAUACCGAUUUCCGCAUUUUGUAAUUUGAGCAUGUACUUCAGGAAGAAAAAAAAAAUAUUCUUUGUUUCUGUGUGUGUGGGUGUUUUUUUGCUGUGAUGACAAGCUUGCGGGUGAAGGAUUGCUUUGCAGAGAGAGCCAUAUCCAUGGUUGCCCAUUUGCAUAGCCACUGUUUGUAUUUUCUCUAGUUAUCACUUGUGGCGUGUGUUAUGUGUUUGUGUCUGGAGCCAGGUUUCUUUUUCACCCCUUUUUCUUUACGUAAAAAAAAAGGAGACAAGUGUACAGCAUGUUGUGGUAUAGUGGCUUUUCUGGCUAAGCCACCAACUUCCUGCGCUCAAUUCUGCACAGAACUUGAAACUUCCAAGGUGGAUUUUGUGCAAUGCCAUGCUUCAAUGCAGUACUUCACUUUUUUGUAUACAGGAUAGAUCAAAAGAGCAUGUUGUCUGUGGCAAUGCCAGGGCCAAAAAAGUAAUUUUCUCGGUGACACGAACAGUGGCAUCACCUGCCAAAGGAAAAAUGCCCAUCACAAAGAUAGGGAAAGGGCAGUUUGUUUCCAGAAAUAUAAGGCUGCAUUAGUGAAAGAAUUUUUCUUGUCCAUCAUGACUGCAGACGACACGCGCCUCUGGGCUUGUGUUCAUGAGACUUCACUUGCACAAGUACCAUCCAUGAUCAGCCAUUGCCGUGACAAUUGUCCCAUCACGUCUGUAGGUAUCGUUAGUGGCAGGCACCUGAAUGCUGCCAGUCACUGACGAAGCACAAUUGUGCUAGGAGGAUCCCUGUGAACGCGGAUGGCGGUUUACUUCAAAUGAAACUGUCAAGUACUGCACCCAAACAUGGCAUUGAACAAAGUCCACCAUGAAUUGCUCGUCAUGUGUGAAAUUUAAGCCCGAAUGAGCAAACAAGAGCCAUCAAAACCAAGUUCAGUUAUAAGCGCGACGUUUGGCACACUUCCCAGCGAAGCUGGUCCACGCUGUGUUGCCAUGUUGCGGCCACAGUUUGCCGUGUAGCUGCCAAGAAAGGAGUCGCCAGCCCGAUGACAAUGUGGCACGCCAAGUACAAAACAGAGCACGGGAGACGUGUACUUUGGCCACAAGCUUCACAAGCAGCGUUAGCACAAGACUGUGACGUAGCCAAAGCAAGCAACUGUGUGUGACCUGAGGCCUGGCCACCCCCCUACGACCACAAGAGUUCACCUCUUUCUUGCUUGUUCCGAGUUAGUGUUGAGGCAUUAAUGUGACUACUCGGUGGUCGCUGAGGAGCCUGGGGGCUAACACCCAGUGUAAGCCAUAAUAAAUGAUGGGAUACGAGACUAUA